AUGCAUACGCAGGUGUGCAAAGCCGAUGAGGUGGGGGAAGUUGGCCAUGGUCUCAUCGGCUAUGGUAUCACGAUGUACCAGCCUCUUUGCGCCUACUCGUGCCGCGUCGUGCUCUCCGGCAGCGCACUGAAUUGCAGCACGAUGGGCAACGAGGGUGGCCUGCCAAUGCCUCGAACCCCCGCUGAGUGCUUCGCGACUGACGAUGCCUUCCUGACAUCCAUGGCCCUUUGCCUGCAAUCGCGUUGCACCGAUCUUCCCGCGUGGAAGAUUGAGAAGUACUGGCACAACACCGAAGCGAGUAUCCGGAAUAGCCAUAGACGGCUUGAUGAACCUGGAGUUCAUGUUGUUGCGAAACCUCCGGUUCCAAAGUGGACGUACCAGCAGGCCCUCGCCCAGGUUCAAGGAAGUGUCACCUCGAUCUUGGCAUAUGGAGAACCCCUUAACCGGACAUCUCUGGUUGCCGACUUCCAGUAUCAACUGCAGUAUGAGACGAUGGAAAUGUUUGAGAGGAUGGAAACCCACCAUGAGAAAUAUGGAUUAGUAUUAAUCGCUCUGGGCGUAUUUGUCCCCAUUGCGAGCUCAUGGCUUCGGUUCCUCCCGUUGCCCAAGUUACUCAAAACCAAAAUCAGCGCCGCUAUCAUAGACCCGCCCCUGUUCGGCAACCGCCACCAAACGCCCUAUUUCAACAUGUUCAUCAUGCCAACCCGUGGCCAGGCGAUGCUCAUAACGUAUGUCGUGGUCCUAAACUUCGUACUCAGUGGAGUAGGUAUUCGGUCAGCUCAGCCCAAUGCAUGGUGGUGGAACAACCAGUUACAGGAAGUCCUUACCUCUUUUGCCAACCGCACUGGUGUUCUCAGCUUCGCGAACGUACCACUGCUCAUCCUGUAUGCCGGCAGAAACAACUUUCUGUACUGGUUGACGGACUGGACACAGUCGACGUUUAUGGUCAUGCAUCGUUGGACUGCAUACCUGUGCACUCUCCAAGCUAUCAUGCACUCCAUCGUAUGGCUUCGCAUAUAUGUCGUCCUCGGAUGGCAUGAUAGCGAGUCAAAGCUUGCUUACUGGGUGUGGGGCAUCAUCGCAACACUUGCGAUGAGCCUCCUACUCCCAGCGUCGGCCAUUCCCUUCCGUGCUAAGAUAUACGAGAUGUUCUUCUUUUGGCACAUCGUACUCGCCGUCUUCUCGGUAUUAGGUUGCUACCUUCAUAUAAUCUACCGCUUCGACCAUCAAUGGGGAUAUGAGAUUUGGAUGUACAUCGCCAUAGCAGUCUGGGGCUUCGACCGAGUUGCUAGGCUCGUCAGAAUGGCCAGAAAUGGCUGGCGGCAAGCCGUUGUCACAGUCAUCGAUUACGAAUAUAUCCAAGUUGAUAUAGAAGGGGCAAAGGGUCACGGACACGCCUAUCUCUACUUCCCGACACUAACGUGGAGAAUCUGGGAGAGUCAUCCCUUCUCCAUUGUGGGAACUAGAGUGAGAUCUGCAAAUCCUUCGCCAGCAUCCGCGAGAAGCUCGACUGAGAAGUCAAUAGUCUCGACUUCCAAGCCUCUCGCCACCACGGCCGCAGAUGUGGUCAUUAUCCACGAAACGCCUCGUGUCGGUCUCUCCUUCCUGAUCCGAACCUUUGGUGGCGCCACAGGUCUGCUUCGUCACCAGACCCGACUUCCCGUCCUGGUUGAGGCGGACUAUUUGCCGUACCCCGACUUAACCGAGUAUCAGACUCUUGUAUGCAUCGUUGGAGGUGUCGCAAUUACAGCUGUAACACCAGCCUUACGUGCUUAUCCCGGUCACGCCAAGGUAUACUGGUCAUGCAGGAGUCCUGGCCUAGUCGAAAGCGUCGGUUUUGGUCGUACUGACACAAAGAUCCUGUUAGGCAAGAGAUUCAAGUUGCGCAACGUUCUGGAAGAAGAGGUUGCAAAGGCCAAGGCAGAAACGGCGGUCGUUGUCAGUGGUCCCGCAUCUAUGACUGACGAGGUGCGGUGCAUUGUCAGCGAACUGGCACGUAAAGCUCCGAUCCCAGUGACUUUGAUCGAUGAAACCUACUACUGGUAG